AUGAUAGCGGAAAUGUUUCUACAAUUUUUAUAUUUCAUUAUUAUAUUCUUGCACACCGAAGUCUGGACCUUUAAAACUGGAGAGCCUAGAGCAUGCUUUGUUAAUAAAGAAGAUAAACCUUUAAUGAUGGAAGUACUGCCUGGAUUUGGUUGGGAUAACCUUAUGAACGAAAACCGAGGAAUUGUAGUGAACUUCAAUUAUUCAAAAUGCAAGACAACCGAAGACGGACGAUAUCUUUUACCGGACGGGGUCGUUACCAUUCCUGUCAAGACAAGUCAAAUAAAUAUUUUCUCCCAGGUAUUUGACCAUUGGUCUCAGUACGAGUCAGACACGGCAUUUUCCAUCAACACUGGGGGUCCGGCAAGAAUUUUAAGCAUUGCUGGGAGUUUUUCCUACGAGAGUCAUGAUGUUAAAAGACAUCAGUUGGAGGAUAAAACGAUCACUACAAAAGUUCAGGCUAGGUGUGUCAGAUAUACUGCCAAAGUUCUUCCAGAUGUACAACUUGAUCAAUCAUUCCACAAUCGUUUGCUUAAAAUCGCCGAUCACAUUCAACAUAAACGAAAAUUGUCGUGUAAGUACGAGAGUGAACUGCUUGUUCGUGAUUUCGGUACACACGUUCUAACUAGUGUCGAUGCCGGAGCUUCCAUUGUCAAAGUGGAUCAAGUCGAAUCUUCUCUUCUUAACAAUACUAACAAGAUUCUAAUAAAGUUGGCGGCAAGCGCUUCAUUUCCAAUCUUUAAUACAAGUCUGAACCUUCAUAGGCCCUCCUCAAGUGCGGAUAUAAAGAAAUACAUUAAGAGCAUAAAAAAUUCCGAAAUAAAAACCUACGGUGGACAGCCUAUUGAUUUAGAAAGUCUCACAUUAGGCAAAUGGAUAUCUACAAUUGGGAAUGAUUUGGUAGCGGUAGAUAGAAAUGGUUUUCCACUUGACUACAUCAUAUCGCCGACAACACUUCCUGAUUUACCUGCAAGUAUCGUAGAAGGUAUAGUUCAAAGUGUUCGAAAAGCCAUUGUGUCCUACUUUGAACAUAAUACAUACCCUGGAUGUACAAACCCGGGUGCACCAAACUUUAGCAAACAAGCAAACUUUGACGACGGCUCUUGUCACGAACCAUUUGCUAAUUUUAGCUUUGGUGGAGUCUAUCAGGAAUGUGUCCAGGAAACACCCCCUAUCGACAAUGAAAACUUAUGUGACGAACUUAUGUCGAAGAAUCCACAGACUAAGGGAUUUUCAUGCCCAGAAGGAUUCGAAAAAAUAUUUCUUCAUACGGGGAUCACCAAAAAAAUCCAAAUUAAACACGAGUGUGAAGAACAUUGGUUCAGAGCCGAAACAUGGAAGGAUAUAUCAUUUACUGCUGCAGCAAAGUACACUUCGUACUGGUGCCAACCAAAGCCAAAUUUUAAAGGGCAAGAGAAUAAUGGAUUUCUGUUUGGAGGAUUGUAUUCUGAUACAACUAAUAAUUUUGUUUCGCAAACAAAAUCAUGCUCGCAGUAUUAUUAUCCACUGAGGAUUGCAUCCGACAUAAAGGUUUGUGUCAGUGAUGAUUACGAACUAGGCACUAAAUUUGCCGUACCCUUUGGCGGGUUCUACAGUUGUCAAAGUGGUAAUCCUUUAAAUAGCGGUAAAAAGUCAUGUCCAAAGGGUUUUAAUAACCAUUUAGCUUCAAUAGUUGACGAUUGUGAAAUUCAGUAUUGUGUGCAAUCUGGACAGCUUACACAUUUGAAAUAUCCAACCGUUAUGCUGCCACCAUUUUCUAAAGUCCCCGCAGAAAGCUUUGAAGCAAAAACAAACUACAUAGUUUCUCAUGAUCUUAAAACUAGGGUUCAAAUCAUUGAUUCAAGCAUCGGUAAAAAAUCACCAAUUGAAUCGAAAUGGAAACCACUUAGUUCGGCACCUAAUAUAACGGAAAUGUUAUCGAAUGAAAAACCGCUAAGUCACGUGACAAAAUUGAACGAUGAGUCCGUAAUGUCGAAUGGUAUCGUUGCAGCAUUGUCUGUGAUCCUGACAGCCAUAGUAUGUAUAAUCAUCGGUGUAUGCAUAUACUGCAUUUGCUCUCGCAAAGCAAGAAAACCUGAUGGCCACAAUUUGAAUGAAUAUACACACCUUGGAUACAGCUCUAGAGAAGUUGAGAGUAAGACGUAA